CCCUCUGCUUAGGGCGAAUUCGAUGGGCGUCAAGAAGCUGCUCGACGUUCGAAUUCGGACCCUCAUACAGAAUGGCGUCCACACUAGACAGCGCACGUUCUUCGUCAUCAUCGGAGAUCACGCUAGAGACCAGGUCGCCAAUUUGUAUUAUAUUUACACCAAGGCGUCUCCUGGGGUGCGCCCGCCCGUGCUCUGGUGCUACAAGAACGAAUUGGGGUUUUCCACGAACAAGAAGCGCCGCAUGAAGAAUUUGAAGAGGUCGAUUCAAAAGGGGACUUACGACCCGAACACCGACGAUCCCUUCGAGUUGUUCAUGUCUAGCACUUCCAUUCGGUGGCUUUAUUACAAGGACACGCACAGAAUUUUGGGAAACACGUUUGGGAUGUGCGUGUUGCAGGACUUCGAGGCGAUGACGCCGAAUAUCCUCGUACAGACUAUAGAGACGGUGCAGGGUGGUGGGUUGGUCGUGCUGAUGCUCCAGACGAUGGACUCGCUUAAGCAGCUCUACACGUUGGCGAUGGACAUACACGCGAGGUUUAAGACCGAUUCGCAUAAGGUUGUUAAGGCGCGAUUCAACGAGAGGUUCCUGCUGUCUCUGAGCGCCUGCAGGACGUGUCUGAUCUUGGACGACGAGUUGAACGUCAUGAGCUUGUCCAAGACGAGCAGAAGCAUCGAGCCCGUGUCCAGGACGGCGCGCGAUGCCGAGAGCGAUGGCCAGUCUCCGGAGUUGGCGUCCCUGAAGCAGUCGUUGUUGGACACGGAGAUCGUCGGUCAGUUGAUUUCCAAGGCGAAGACGCUCGAUCAGGCGAAGGCCGUUUUGACUUCGAUAGAUGCCAUCAGCGAAAAGACGUUAAGAGCGACUGUCGUCAUCACCGCGCCUCGUGGACGAGGGAAGUCGGCUGCGCUCGGACUGUCUGUUUCGGCGGCGAUUGCGUUUGGUUAUUCUAACGUUUUCAUCACCAGUCCUACGCCGGAGAACCUGAAGACCACGUUCGAGUUCGUCUUCAAGGGGUUCGAUUCGCUGGGCUGGAAAGAGCAUCUGGACUACGAGCUCAUCCAGAGCACGAACCCGUCGUGGAACGGGUGCAUUGUUCGAAUCAACGUGUUCAAAACGCACCGACAAACUGUUCAAUACAUCUCGCCCACGGACUCGAACAAGCUGGGACAGGCGGAGCUCCUCGUCAUAGACGAAGCGGCCGCCAUACCCUUGCCUUACGUGAAAAAGCUGUUGGGGCCCUACUUGGUGUUCAUGGCGUCAACGGUGAACGGGUACGAAGGAACUGGCCGAUCUCUGUCGCUGAAGCUCAUCAAGCAGUUGCGAGAGUCCUCGACGAUGGGCGGCUCGAACGACGCUCAGGGUCGCGUCUUGAAGGAAGUGUCUAUGCAAGACCCAAUUAGAUACGCCGAAAACGACCCAGUGGAGGCUUGGCUCAACCAUCUGCUCUGCCUGGACGCCACAGUAGUGAAAAACCUGAAGUCGGGGUGUCCUCACCCGUCCGAGUGCGACCUCUACUACGUCAACCGAGACACUCUAUUCAGCUAUCACAAGGCGUCCGAAUGCUUCCUGCAGAGACUCGUGGCCAUAUUCGUCUCCGCUCACUACAAGAACACGCCAAAUGACCUCCAAAUGAUGGCGGACGCUCCCGCUCACCAUCUGUUCGUGUUGCUGCCGCCGAUCGCGAGCGACGCGACCACCUUGCCAGAAGUGCUGUGCGUCAUUCAAGUGUGUCUGGAGGGAGGGAUAUCCUCCGAAACCAUCAGCGAAAACCAACAUCGCGGACUCAGAGCCCCCGGAGAUUUGAUUCCCUGGACGCUCAGUCAGCAAUUCCAAGACGAAAACUUCCCGAAACUUCGCGGCGCUCGCAUAGUACGCAUAUCGACCCACCCGGACUAUCAGGCGAUGGGGUACGGGUCCAGAGCUCUGAACCUGCUUCAGUGCUACUACAACGGCGAGCUUGUCAAUUUGAACCGCAUCGCCGGAGAAUGCGAACCGAAAGAGCCGAAAGACGGGGAAAACGAGGAGUCCUCGGCGACUCUUCUACUCAAACUGCACGAACGCCCUCCGGAACCUCUACACUAUCUAGGCGUCUCGUUCGGCCUCACAAAAUCGCUGCUCUCGUUCUGGAAAAAAGCCCGAUUCUUCCCCCUGUACCUCCGUUUGACUCCCAACGAACUCACCGGCGAGCACACGCUGAUCAUGCAGUACCCACUCCCGCUCGCCGAAAGCGCCGCCUCGUCAGACUGGCAGUGUCAGUUUUAUCAAGAUUUCCGAAAACGCCUCCUAACGCUCUUGAGCUACGAAUUUCGCGACCUUCCCUGCGAUCUCGCUCUCCUCCUCCUCAACGUUCGCCCGUCCUCCUGCGCGCCCCCCAGCCCCAUCACUCGAGCGGAAAUCCAGCAAGUGUUUUCCAUACACGACAUCAAGCGACUGGAAGGGUACGCGAACCACCUGCUCGAUUUCCACGUCAUCAUCGACCUGCUGCCUUCUCUCGCGCAGCUCUUCUUCCUAGAUCGCGUCUCUGGCCUCUUCCACCUCUCCGCCAUCCAGUGCUGGCUCCUGCUGGGACUCGGGCUGCAACGCAAGACGCUGGACACCCUCGCCGAGGAGGUCGGCGUCCAGGCCAGUCAGCUCAUGGCACUUCUGAACAAAAUUGUCAGAAAGUUCGUUAAAGUUUUUCGAACUCUCGAAGAGGCCGACGAAUACCAGCGCCUCCCCUCCAGCUCGAACGGGCACGACGAGCACGACUCGAAGCAACUCGAGCAACAACAAAGCAAGCUCUUGAAAUCCCUGCCCCUCAAAGAAUACAUAAUAAACGAUUCCAGCCAGAAUUGGGACGAGGCGACCGCCUCCAUCGGCCAAGACAAGAUACCCAACACCAUCAGCGUCCCGACCGUGAAGGCUCCCUCGCGCGCCCAAGACGGCCACCGCCACAAACAGCGACACCAAAGUAAGAAGAGAAUUCGAAUCGACUGACGCAGCCUCACUCUCUCAGCGAGCCUGCUUUCCACUGGCGCGGGUCCCCUCGCAGGGACGAGCGCCUGUGAGUUGCUGCCUGCGCGCGUGGCGCAGUCGAAGCGACACACUCUGCGCUCAAGACUAUUAAAAAAAAAAAAAAGUUUUUCAGAAUUGACAAGAUUCAU